AUGCUUUACUUCCAUGUUGUCCUUCUGUUAUGCUCAGAUGCCUGUGGUGCUCCACCGAGAUUUGAAUCUAUGAGGCUCAAAGGUCAUCCCAAGAUCACUUACCGUAAUGGGGACAACGUAGAAUAUCAGUGUCGCCCAGGAUAUAUGCGCAGUGUUCCUCUUCUCCCCGUGUCUUCUGUUUGUCAACCUGAUGGCAUAUGGACACCUCUCCAGGAGGCUUGCAAAAGGAAAUCAUGUCCACAGCUAGGAGAACCUGUAAAUGGUGAAGUAAACUACAUAAAUGGAACUUUCCAGUUUGGUUCACAGGCUCACUAUGUUUGCAAUGAGGGUUAUUAUCUACUUGGAACAAAAAUUCUAUAUUGCAAACUUUCUGGAAAAAGAGUGGAAUGGAGUGACAGUCCCCCACAGUGUGAGAAAAUCUUGUGUCAACCACCUAGACAAAUAUCAAAUGGAAGAUACACCAAUAGCCACAAGGAUACAUUUGAAUAUAAUGAAGUAGUAAUUUAUAGAUGUAAUCCUUCAGCUGGACCAGAUGAAUAUUCACUUGUUGGAGAAAGCAGGCUUGUCUGUUCUGGGCAUAACCAAUGGAGUAGUGAACCUCCUAAGUGUAAAGUGGUCAAAUGUCAAUAUCCAGUACUUAAAAAUGGAAGACUGGUGUCAGGAUUUGGGAAAAGGUUUUACUACAAAGCGACGGUUGUAUUGGAAUGCCUGGAGGGCUUUUACCUUGAAGGCAGUGCCACUAUUGUGUGUGGAGCGAAAAGUACUUGGGAGCCUAAGAUGCCAAAAUGUAUCAAAGAGUCUACACGUCUCAGUGCACAGCCUACAGUUUUCAGAGUCUCAGAUUCCUGUGAUGCUCCACCGAGAUUUGAAUCUAUGAUGCUCAAAGGUCAUCCCAAGAUCACUUACCGUAAUGGGGACAACGUAGAAUAUCAGUGUCGCCCAGGAUAUAUGCGCAGUGUUCCUCUUCUCCCCGUGUCUUCUGUUUGUCAACCUGACGGCACAUGGAAACCUCUCCAGGAGGCUUGCAAAAGAAAAUCAUGUCCACAGCUAGCAGAACCUGUAAAUGGUGAAGUAAUCUACGUAAAUGGAACUUUCCAGUUUGGUUCACAGGCUCACUAUUUUUGCAAUGAGGGUUAUUAUCUACUUGGAACAAAAAUUCUAUAUUGCGAACUUUCUGGAAAAAGAGUGGAAUGGAGUGACAGUCCCCCACAGUGUGAGAAAAUCUUGUGUCAACCACCUAGACAAAUAUCAAAUGGAAGAUACACCAAUAGCCACAAGGAUACAUUUGAAUAUAAUGAAGUAGUAAUUUAUAGAUGUAAUCCUUCAGCUGGACCAGAUGAUUAUUCACUUGUUGGAGAAAGCAGGCUUGUCUGUUCUGGGCAUAACCAGUGGAGUAGUGAGCCUCCUGAGUGUAAAGUGGUCAAAUGUCAAUAUCCAGUACUUAAAAAUGGAAGACUGGUGUCAGGAUUUGGGAAAAGGUUUUACUACAAAGCGACGGUUGUAUUGGAAUGCCUGGAGGGCUUUUACCUUGAAGGCAGUGCCACUAUUGUGUGUGGAGCGAAAAGUACUUGGGAGCCUAAGAUGCCAAAAUGUAUCAAAGGUGCAAAAAUUGAGACUGUUUCACUACAAAAGUUCCUCCUCUCUUCAGUUCGUACUCAUCCUACCAAUUACUCUCAUUAA